GAUUUAGAUAAAAGCUAAUAACUGUUAUACAAAGUCAUUUCAAGAUCCUACGCAUUUUUUGUUAUUUUGGUCGUCUGAUAGUUCACUUGUAUGUGGUCUGCAUUAACUAAAUACUUGUAUAGUCUCUUGGAAGGAAAUCGUCUUUGGAGACCUUAUUAGCCUACCGAGGCUAGCAGCUGUGAACCUGAUAAAAGUACAUUUUUAGUGCCUAUUUUGUGUUACUACACAUGUAUUUGUUACCAGCUGUUAAUGCACUUGUUUGUAUUGUAGCUGUUCUCACCAUGGUGGUAUUUCCAAGUUCACUGACGGAGGAAGAAGAGGCUCUGCAGAAGAAAUAUGCAAAACUCAAGAAAAAGAAAAAGGCGCUGCUUGCCUUGAAGAAGCAGAGUUCAACUAACCAGACAAACCAGGGUGGAUUAAAACGGACUUUGUCGGACCAGCCUGUUGUUGACACCGCAACGGCGACGGAGCAAGCGAAGAUGCUGAUCAAGACGGGUGCCAUCAGUGCCAUUAAGUCAGAGAACAAGAACUCAGGCUUUAAACGCUCUCGAAUGCUGGAAAUUAAACUCAAGGACCCUGAGAAAGGCCAGAUUCCUGCUUUCUUACCAUUCCAAAGGAGUGUUUCUGCAGACGAAGAACAACCUGAGUCUGGGAAAAGAGCCAACAGGAAGUCUCUUUAUGAGAGCUUUGUCAGCUCCAGCGACAGAUACCGGGACGAGGAGGAGGGAGGCAGCACGACAUCCAGCCGUGAAACGGACCGAGAAAGAGAGCGAGAGCCGGACAGAGAGCGGGAAAGAGACAGAGAGCGGGAAAGAGACAGAGAGCGGGAAAGAGACAGAGAUAGGGAAAGAGACAGAGAUAGGGAAAAGGACAGAGACAGAGAUAGGGAAAGGGACAGAGACAGAGACAGAGAUAGGGAUAGGGAAAGGGAAAGGGACAGAGACAGAGACAGAGAACGAGACCGGGACCGGGAAAGAGAAAGAGACCAAAGCAGAGAAAGGGAUCGAGAACGCGACAGUGAACGGGACAGAGAAAGAGAUGCACCGUUCAGACGGUCAGAUUCCCACCCAGAGCGGAGAGGGGUGCGAAAGGGCAAUACGGUGUACGUGUACGGCUCUGGGCUCAGCGAGGACAACCUGCGCUCUUCUUUCUCUCAACAUGGAAGCAUCAUCGACCUCUCCAUGGACAAUCCACGCAAUUGUGCAUUCAUUACUUUCGAGAAGAUGGAAUCUGCAGACCAGGCUGUAGCUGAGUUGAACGGGGCCAUGGUGGGAGACAUUCACGUCAAAGUCAGCAUCGCCAGGAAGCAGCCCAUGCUGGAUGCUGCCACUGGGAAAUCAGUCUGGGCUUCGCUGGCUGUGCAGAACAGCACAAAAGGCUCCUACAGGGACAAGAGGAAUCAAGUCGUGUACAAUGAAGAUUUAUUUUGACUGGAAAAAACAAAAAUGUUUUUUAUUUUGGCAUAUAGCUUUUCACGUUUUUGUUUUAAUGAUGUUAGCCAGCUGCUUAAAGUGUUUGUGUUGUCAUCUGUUGUCUCGGUCGAUAGGUGAUGCUGCGUGGCUCAUGAAACUAGAGAUACUGUUUUGAACUCAAUAAAAAGUUUUCAUGCAUUGUU